GAGCCGACUCGUUUGCGAACGACACUGUGAAGAGUCACUUUAAAAGACUGAUCGCUGUGUUAGCUGCAUGGUAGAAACUUCUGGAAAUUAUCCAACAUGAGGAAUCUGCUUUUGUGUUUGGUUCUGGUUUUAGUUUUUAAAAGCUGCCUCAGCGAGGAUUGGUGCUACCAGUCCCAGAUGUCCUGUGAUCAGCCAUGCAAAGGGCCAGCAGCUUGGAAUGAGGUGAACAGUGUGUGUGGUGGUAACAGACAAUCUCCCAUCAACAUAGUGACCAAGAAAACUAAGAAGGAGUCCAGUCUCACCGCAUUCAAAUUCACUGGCUAUGACAAGAUCUUUACCAGCAUGCUGAAGAAUAACGGGCGAACUGUUUCGCUGGACAUACCUCUUGGGGCCACAGUUAGUGGGGGAAAUCUCUUACACACCUAUAAUGCUAUACAACUGCAUUUCCACUGGGGCAACAAUGGCAGCCCUGGGUCUGAACACACCCUUGAUGGAGAACAGUAUCCCAUGGAGCUGCACAUCCUGCAUUUAAAGGACACAUAUAUCGCUGUAGAAGAUGCACUGAAUGACACAACUGGACAAGCAAUUUUGGGAUUCUUCUUUGAGACUGAGGUGACUCGGACUCAACUUUGGCAGUUAUUCAUGCAGUGUGAGCGCCUGAGGUCACAGGAGCAUCAUGAGGUAUCAUACAGUGUGAACACCUUUCAUCCGCUGCAUCGACCUAUUGAAUCAUGCAGUGUGAGCGGUAAUGAGAUGACAAGAUUUCUCUCGUCCUCCAGUGAAUCUGACAGUGAAAACAAGGAGUAUAGUGCCUUCAUUGCAGCUCUGGCGCAGGUUCAAGAUGCAGAGGGUCAGGCAGAACUAGCCAUCUCCCUGAACAGUCUGAUCCUGUCUGAGAGGAUGCUGGGGGCCUACUAUCGUUAUGAAGGAUCUGAGACCACACCGGGCUGCUCUGAGUCAGUGAUCUGGACCAUGUUUGAGCAGCCUAUUCCACUUAGCAGAGAUCAGCUUGCAGCCUUCUCCACCCUGAAGUUUAAUGGUGGUAAGCCUAUGGUGGACACAUUCAGACCAGUGCAGCCUCGUAAAGGGCGGGUAGUGUAUCGCUCCCACUCUGGUGCAGCUAUACCUGCUAUGAUGUUCAGCUUCUUUCUCGUCAUGCUGCGUGUGUUUCUAGCGCUGUGCCUCUGCAAUUUCUACUAGAGCCGGACAUUAACACACAGAAUUCUCAUUCAGUUAAAAGCAAACAAAACUAAUCCUAAAUAUCAAAAUAUCAGAAAACAAAAGAGAUUGAACAUAUAGAUGAUUCUUUCUGACUUUUAUGAGUUUUUUAAAAAAUGUUUUAUUUGUUCUUAUGAAAUCAGUUGAUUUAGGCGUUCUGACUUCGUGUAUAUUCCUGUUCCUGUAGCAAAGGUUUUUCGUAUAUAAAUAUUCAUAUUUUGUUCAUCUGUUGAUUUUGCAGAGGAUGCUUAGGUUGGAAGCUUCCUGGAAAUGAAAUACAUAUAAUUAUUUUCAAAUAAUAAGAGAUUAAUAAACAACGGAACGUACAUUUAUAAGUACCUCAAUAACAUUUAUAUUUUAUUCCUUCAUAGAAAUGUGCAGUUCUUCAGUGGGUGAUUUACUGUAGAAAAAAAUAAACUUGAAAGAACAUGUAAAGCCAUGAGAGUGUAGACUCCAGCUUGGUGCUUGGUAGCUAGAUAAUGCUUUCAUUUGCCAAAAAAAAAUCAAAUAUAUCAUUUUGAAUAAGUGUUUUACAGAUGCAACAACAAAAAAAUGGGCAUUUCUUCAUAAACACUAAGCAUUUAUGAAUUUACAACCUGCUUUCAUGUAAGAAAAACUCAUGUGCCCUUGUGUUCUCUCAGCGUUAGUAAUGAAAUGGCCAGACAAUUAGUAGAACCAGGGGAUGACAAAUCAGGGUUAUUAGUUCCUUCGCAGUUGGUUUUAAUUGGUAGUAUCUGUCACUAUUACACAAAGCUACCUGUUACAGUUGUGAUCUGAGUGACUGUAAAAUGUUUUCACUAUAAGUAAAUAAAUUAGCAUUAAGUUAGAAGAUUAUCUUAGCUGGAUCAGGAACAAGCAGGUGUAUGGAAACACUUAUUAAACUGAACAAAAAAUGCAGUGCAAACUCGAAGGCCUUUUAUGUGUGAUGUGAGAAGAAUCAUCCUUUCCCUGGGAGUUCAUAUACUCGUUCAUGUCCCUUAGUCUGUAUAAUGCACUUAACUAAACAGCUCAUCAUGCUUAAUUACGUUUUAUUGGUAAGAUAAAUUAGAUUUCAGCUAGCAUUAUAAGCAACAAAACAUGGACCUGGGCAGCACAUCAGAGUUUACAC